GAUCCAGUACACCACGUGCAUGACCGACUCGCAAGACGAGGAGAGGUUGCUCGAGCACGUGCAGCUGAUCAAGCUCACGCGCGAGGCGCUGGGCCCCGGCGGCGGCGCGUGCCAAACGAUGGGCGAGGCGAUCCUGAAGACGGUCGCCAACGACAACGCGGCGACCUGGAAGCUGGGCAAGCAGGCCACCGCGUGGGCCACGGACACGGCGCGCAGCGCGCGGGCCAUGAUCCGGCACGUUGGCAAGGCG